UGAGUCAUUCAGCCAACUGAGCCGCACCGGUCAUUUUGGGAGCCACAAGCCUUGGGAACCCAGGAAGCAGCCAGUCCCUAGGAUGGACUCAUUCAGCCAACAACUGGAGGACUUCUACCCUUCUUGCUUCUCUGCCAGGUCCAACCCAGCGGCCUUCCCUGACCCCCCGGCCCAGCACUUAGCUAUGAGCCUUGGUACCGCUCAGAAGGAUUUCCAAGAGGCCAGCUUAAAGGUACACGUCCAUUCGGCCAAUGAUCAUCAAACACCAGGGUCCCAGAAGCCCAACUCUCCGCCAAAGCAAGAAAUGGUCUCCCCCGUAUCUUCAGCUGAUGUAACACUGGGGUCCCAGCGCCGCAAGAGAACAUUCUACAGCCAGAACAAGCUGGAUGUUCUAGAGCAGUUCUUCCAGACCAACAUGUACCCAGACAUCCACCAACGGGAAAACUUGGCUAAACGGAUCUACAUCCCAGAGUCCAGAGUUCAGGUCUGGUUCCAGAACAGAAGAGCAAAGGAGCGCCGCGACAAGUCCAAAUCCAACCCCUCUGUCGGAAUGUGCUACCCCAGUGUUCGACGCCCCAACAAAAACAUGUACCCCUCCAACCCACCGCCAAACGUGGCUGUUUCCCAGCAGCACAUGGGUUUCCCAAAAGCACAAGGCCAACUGUAUAUGAAUUCCCAGCAGAAUCAGUUCCAGCCGACUCAGGAGUCUCAACUUUGUCCAGAGUCCAUCUAUUCUGCCUCCCAGCAGAGGUUCCUGAUGCAACAGGCUGCACACAGCAGCUACCAUGGAAUUCCUGCCUCUUAUAAACCUACAGACACCCAGCAGCACUUGUACAGAUACAUGAGCCCAACAGGAGGCAUCCAGGAGAAGGUGAUGGACCUCAGCAAGAAGCACAGCCCCAUGCCCUUUCAUCCCAGCCUUCUAAUGGACUUCAACAACUUCCCGCCCAACAAGACCAUCACUCCAGAUAUGAAUGUUAUAAUCCCACCCAUUCCUGUCUCGGGAACUUCAAACAAGCACACUCGGAUGAAUGUCUUUGAUAGCAAAGAGGCCUGCCCUAUGGUGUCCAUGCCAGAGGAGGUCUACGAGGAGUUCUCUCCAGUCUCAGAUUCUGGCGUUAGUGAUGGCUCUACUGUGUCUUUGACAGACUUUAAAGAUAGUGAUGGUUCUGUUCUUGACAACAUGUAAACAUGGAAAGAAAAGAGUUCACAUUUCUAAGCCCCAAGCAAGGUGUCUCCUGUGUCAUUAGGCUUUAAAUUCGCCAUAUGGACCGAUGGACUAACCAAUAAGCCAAGUCUACGUUCUACUGAUCUCCUGUGUCAUUAGGCUUUACCUUGGCCAUACGGACUGAUGGACUAACCAAUAAGCCAAGUCUACGUUCUACUGAUCUCCUGUGUCAUUAGGCUUUACCUUGGCCAUACGGACUGAUGGACUAACCAAUAAGCCAAGUCUACGUUCUACUGAUCUCUUGUGUCAUUAGGCUUUACCUUGGCCAUACGGACUGAUGGACUAACCAGUAAGCCAAGUCUACGUUCUACGGAUCUCUUGUGUCAUUAGGCUUUACCUUGGCCAUACGGACUGUUGGACUAACCAAUAAGCCAAGUCUACGUUCUACUGAUCUCUUGUGUCAUUAGGCUCUAUCUUGGCCAUAAGGACUGAUGGACUUACCAAUAAGCCAAGUCUACUUUCUACUGAUCUCUUGUAUCAUUAGGCUUUACCUUGGCCAUAUGGACCGAUGGACUUACCAAUAAGCCAAGUCUACUUUCUACUGAUCUCUUGUAUCAUUAGGCUUUACCUUGGCCAUAUGGACCGAUGGACUUACCAAUAAGCCAAGUCUACUUCCUGCUGAUAUCUACUCUAGAGCCCCUUCUAGAUUUUGUGCCCCCAUGAACAGAUAAAUUUUUUUCACCAGCCAUAUUGUUUGCCCAAAGGGAUAAGUGGUGAUUUAGAUGACCUGCCUAUAGCUAUAGUGCAACUGUACAUUAGUCGGACCCACCCCUAUAUUUGUAUUGUUACCCCCUGAGAGACCCCUAACCUCCCCCCUUUUCAGUAAUGUACAUUUUAUAUUUUGAAUUUGAAUUUUUUUAUUUUUCCAUGUAAAAUAUUUUUUUCAGAAGUGUUUUUGUUCCUUUAUUUUCCCAUUAAAAUGUAUUAAUUAUUCUA